CCACCGCACUGGUCGCCACUGAGCACUUGACACGCGAUAUGGAGAAUCCCACCUCUCCCACCUCCCCCGUCGCUCAGUUUCCUCCUAUCCCGUCUCUGGAGCAUCGCACCCGGGCACCUGAGUUCUACGGCUUCGUCGCAUGGACUUCAACUUCUUUUCUCUAUGUUGUUUAUCUGCUGUGGGCCCUGCUUCCGGACGAAUGUAUCCAAGCUAUGGGUAUCGAAUGGUAUCCGAGUAGAGAGUGGUCUAUUUUAAUUCCAGCGUACACGAUCGUUCUAUGCCUUCUGACCUAUUUCGUCUAUUUUGCUCUUGCAUUAUACGGAACUCCCAGCUUCUCGGAAUUAAGCGCCAUCGCCGAUUCCAGAGCCCAAAUCCCAACAGUCAACUCCACGCGGAAUCCAUACAUCUUCUAUGCGGACCCGAAAUCUGUACCCGAUCUUUACGAUAUCCCGAUCGGCUUGGUCAACCGUGCACUGUAUCGCAGAGAUUCCAAAAUUGAACCUGGCAGAAGUCGAUCAAAAUGAACUCGCUGGUCUACUGUCAAACGGCAAUCUCUACACUCUUCGAAACGAUGUGGCUCCUCUGCGCGGGUGCAAAGGUUGAGAAUGCGACCGCGAAGCUGGGUCAGCUCGCUCCACAGCGAUGCGUUAUUUCGGUCCUGGAAAUUGGAAGAGCUCUCCGCCAGUCCCAAGAUCUUUCGGCGCCCAAUGUAUUUGUCGUUGAUGCAUGCCAUCAGAAGUCCAGAUUGCGGGCUCGUUACUAAUCCCGCGUGCGCCGUGGCAUGUCCAGACGGGCCAAUGCAUCGAUGUGUCAGGCAAAAUACACCUUCAAGCCUCCAAUUAUCCAUUUAUGUAAUCCAGCUUUCUCAACAUCGGGGGCCGGAGGUGGACAGACAGACAGCGAUUGAGAUACAGAUUGAGCUGCAGAGCAGAUCGACAAACGAAGCGAGUACUUGGGACAGAAAAACGAAGAGUGAUCUAAUGCAAAAAA